UCAAGCAAUUUUUUUGCUCUUGGUUGGUUGGUCUAUACAUGCAAAUUGAAAAAAAAAAGAAAAGAGGAUGCACGUAAUAUUUCUUAUUAACAGGAAGCCUGACGCACAAGAUCACUGUAGGUGAUAACAUAUGCAAACGAACAUAAGUGACUGGUGGAGGUCGUCAACUUUAAGAGUCGACAGAAUGAACUCCACAAACCACACAGAGGAUGACGACUUCUCCUGCUACAGUCCUUCAGUUGUGGGCUACCGUUACUUUGCAGUGGUGUGGGGAUGUGCUGUGACCUUCACUGGCACGGUGGGGAACCUGAUGACCGUUCUGGCCUUCGCCUUAGACCCACGUCUGAGGACUCGCUUCAAUGUGCUUAUCGUCAACUUGGCUGCAGCUGAUCUCCUGUACUGCACCAUCCUGCAGCCCCUUGCAGUUGAUUCCUAUCUACACCUCCGAUGGCGCAGUGGUGAAAUGUGGUGCAAAGUCUUCUGUCUGCUCGUCUUCCUCUCCCACUUUGUCUCCAUUAUCACCCUCUGCCUGGUGGCGGUGGGCAGAUAUCUCAUGGUUGCAAAGAGAGCUGUGUUUGAACGUGUCUUCUCUGACCGUGGUCUUAUUAUACUCCUGAUCUCAGCGUGGGCACUAGGCCUGGGCAGCUUUGCCCCACUCCAUUCUGUUUACGUGUUCGUGCCACAGAUGUGCACAUGCAGCUUCCAUCCAACCAAGGGUCGCCAGUAUACCCCCAUCCUGAUUUUUUUCUACUUCUUCUUCUGCCUGUGCUGCAUUGGUGUAUUCUACCUCCUCAUUUACAGACGUGUCUGGAUUGCCUCACAAGCUCUGCUGCGCUACAGGUUCAGCCGCCGGUCCUCCAGGAAGAAACCAGCUUCUUCAGCACAAGGACCCGAUGACAGUGGUGUCAACACGUGUAGCUGUAAGAUCAGCAGUGAGGCUGAUCUAACCCAAAAUACCGAUGAGAUCACCUGUGAAGAAUCCCCUCGAUAUACCAAGGGAUCUGCCAGAGUCUCAGAUUUAACAACAACCAAUUCUCCCCCUACCCCUGAUAUGGUCCCUACACCUGCUCCCACAAGUGAACCAUCAUCAUCCCAGUCUGCAGCCUCAGGAGAUGAUAAGGAAAUGAAGCAUGUGACAAGCAUGUGUUUAACUGUUUUCCUGUGUUUUGUGAUCUGCUAUAUCCCAUACAUGUUGCUCCACAUACAUGAAAACGACCACGUCCCACCGGUGCUGCACAUGAUCUGUGCAAACCUCACCUGGCUCAACAGCUGUAUCAAUCCCGUGGUCUACGCUGUCAUGAGCAAAUCGUUUCGACAGGCCUACCAUGUGCUGCUCACCAGGGCUGCUGCACCAUUCACCAGCCUCCGGACCAGGUGGUCAACUCGGAGCACCUGAUUUUCAGAUCAUACACAGCUUUUGAGAAAUCUGAUUCUAAUGUAAUAAUCUAACGCAACUUUAGUCUGGGUGAUUCAAAAGUUGGAGGGAAGGAAGGAGAAAAAAGAGGAAGGAACUUGACCGUGUUUGCCUUUACCAUUGCAAUGUUUGUUAAGUUAAACCGAAUAAUGACAUCAAGCUUAAUAGAGGAAUAAAGAAAUCUGAAACCGUUACAAUAGAUGUAAAUAUAAAACUUAUUGUGCAUCAAGUGCACAGUGGGUAAUGUCUUGUGGUUGUGAGUAAGAUAGCUUGUCUCCACAUAUAUUGUGGUAUGUGAUGUAUUCACAACAAAAAACAUUAAAUAUACUUCUGUGGUUAACACGUAUUAAUGAUAUUUACUCUCUCUGCAAUGUGUUAUAUAACUAACCAUAAUAAAGAUAAUGGUCAUAUAAUCAUAUGCAAUACUUAAAA